CCAAGCUGCAACAUAGCCACUUCUACCCCACACUCCCACAGAAACUCUCUUCAGCAAUCAGCACCUCACGCAACCCACCAGCACAUCCAAAUGUAAAUGGCCACCUUACAACCCUUCUCUCGAUCUCCAAAGCGCAGAAAUGCAAAUGCAAUCAACAUUCUUCACACAGCCCAACAGAACUCCUUCGAACUCUCCCUCCAAAAAUUCAGAAGUACUCUCAAGAAUUACAACAAUCAAAACCGCACCACCAAGAACUCACCUCCACCUCUCAUCCUUACCAACAAACUCAACUCCCGCCAAAGGACCUACAACCCGGCUUCUCCAUCGACACCGAAACCAUUUCUACCUUUAACACCGCCCUUGACGCCAACGGAUGCAGACCAAAGCAGCGACGCCCCACACGCAAACAACAAAACCAAGCCUCCACCACCCAAACCCCACCCUUCUCUUGAUCCGCUCCGAAGUUGAUCUAUCUGGACACACACUCUCUCCCUCACAACUAAAUAAGAGCACCAAGCCCUCACACAUGCUCGCGGACCUGCGCCUUCCCUCCCUAGCCGUCUGGGAGUCGUGGAAGGCGGGGUUAGCGAGCUGGCUGGUGGGCGUGGACAUGGGCAUCAAACCCAUCUCCA